UCCCACAACGUUUCCGCUUUUCCCAAGAAUGCAGAACGGCAAAGCAACAGCAGACCUCACAGCCCUAAAGGAAGUGCCUUGUUUUUUCCCACAAAUAAUAUAAUCCGGUCCCAAGAAGGCACUCUGUAAAGAAGGUUCUGUAAGAUUCUGCCCUGCAUCCUGAGAUUGGUCUGACCCUUUUUCCAAGGCCGGUCUGAAUCCUGCAUAGGAGUCGCGACUAGGCCCCGUGUGACGGAGCCCUUCCGAGACGGUUGGGGUUAAAUCUGCCUGGACGCUACGAGCUGCGGAGAUCAGCGCACCCAAACCUAUGCGUUCUAAGGCUUUCGGACCACUGCGCAGACACGCCGUCCGGAGCCAGAGGAGACCACUGCGCGGCUGUACGUCCCGGCAGCACCCGCAGCUGGGCCUGAGGGAGGCAAAACCACAGCCUCGCGGGGAGACAGGGACAGAGACCGGGAGAAAUACUAACAAAGCGAGACCGACGGAGGUCCGGGUGGCACCGAGGCUGUGGUUCUCCGGGAGCAGCCCCCACCCCGGCCCAACUCCUUUCACCUCGCCCCCUGCUGCGCGGCCGACGGACUCCCGGCCCCGCCCCCACCCCGCUGCCCUCCCGCGGCUUAACCCUUGCCUGCCCGCCUCCUGCCACAGAGGCCCGCCUCUCCAAGCCGCGGCGGGGGGGGCGCGAGCCCUCCUCCUCCCCCACCCCGCGGGGGCGCGCGGCGCCAGGAGCUGACCGUGGUGCUGAGCUAGGCGCGCGGCUUGGGCUCGGGCGCGGCUCCCGGCCCUGCCAAGGCCCCGUACUGCGACACUCCCGGCCACCAGCGAAGCCUGGGGCACUGGCAGCAUGGAGCUGAAGAGAGGAAAGACCUUCAUCAAAUCCAGCCUGCAGAUUUCCCAUGAGAAAUCCCCAGAUCCAGCAGCCACCACUCUGGCCAGGGAGGAUGCAAGUCCCUGGUCAGUCUCACCAGGAGGGCAACAGCAGCCCCACAGUGAAAGGGCCCUGCAGGUUAGUCCCAGCGCCCAAGGAUAUGACAGAUGCUCUAACAAGGGGGCAGAGCCAGAACCCGAGGUGGGGGCUGCAGCCUUCUGUGGGGCCACCUUCAAACUGGUACGAAAGAGCAAGACUCAUGACAGUGUGCCCGGGGCUGGCAGGGCGAGCACAGCCUCAGGGCAGCUGGUGGGCAGCACAAGCUUCCCAGGGCCCUCCAGCAGCCAGCGCAUGAUUGAUUACCGCCACUUUGUGCCCCAGAUGCCCUUUGUGCCAGCGGUGGCCAAGAGCAUCCCAAGGAAGAGGAUCUCCCUGAAACGACCUAAGAAGUGCUUUCGGAACCUAUUCCACAUUCGCAGAAACAAGACUGAGAACUUGGCCUCACUGGUGACCAAGGGGGACAGCCUGUCUUCCCCUGGGGGCCCAUCAGAGGCUGGCGGGCAACCAGGCAAAGCGUUCUUCCCCUUAGGUGAGGGACUAGGGCCAGACAGCCUGUGCCAGGACCUAUCUGACAGUGAGCUCCUGCCUGACUCUUCCUUUGACCUCUGCAGGGCCCUGUGUGAGGAUGUGGCCUCACUCAAGAGCUUUGACUCUCUCACGGGCUGUGGGGAGAUCUUUGCAGAUGAAAGCUCAGUGCCAUCCCUGGAACUGAACGAGGGCCUGGAGAGCCCAGCCCAGGUAUCACAGGCCCUUGAAAACAAGGUUCUUAGGGGCCCCUUCCAGGGCAGUGUGGAACAGCUGGCAUCACCUGCCCAAAACGAGAUGUCUGACUUUGCCAAGUUCUGGGACAGUGUGAAUCAUUCUGUGAGGCAGCAGCACCGUGCCCUCCUGGGGCCAUGGCUGGGGGGUCCCCAGGGGACAGACACAGACCGGCCCAGGCUAGAUGCAGCUGGGCUUGCUGAGCUCCCCCUGUGUCCCUGCAGAGACCCUCACAGUGGCUCCAAAGCCAGCUCCAUAGACACAGGUACCCCUAAAAGCGAACAGCCAGAAUCCGUGUCCACGAGUGAUGAGGGCUACUAUGACUCCUUCUCACCUGGGCUUGAGGAGGACAAGAAGGAGGCUUCAAGCCCAGGCACACCUGCAGCUGCCUUCCCCCGGGACAGUUACAGUGGAGAUGCCCUCUAUGAGCUCUUCUAUGACCCCAGCGAGGGCCCUGUUGGCCCAAGUCUGGAUGAUGACCUAUGUGUGUCUGAGAGUCUGUCAGGGCCAGCACUAGGAGCACCACUGUCCAUGUGCAGCUUCCACGUAGGGGCAGAGGAGAACUUGGCCCCAGCACCAGGCCCAGACCUGCUCAGCCAGGGCUUUUUGCAAAGCUCCUGGAAGGGCAAGGAGUGCCUGUUAAAGCUCUGUGACACUGAGCUUGCCAUCACCAUGGGCAUUAUCAACUGGCUUCGCCGUGGCCCUGAACUCCGCACCCCACCUGCCUCAGCCCCUAGAGAAACUGCAACCUCACCCAGGGGAGAGGCAGAGAAGCUGGUUGCUGGCUCCAAGAAAAAGGGCCCAGAUCCAGUGAAGCUGGAAGGCAGGGGGGCUGGGGCUUCAGAUGCAGGUAGGACCACUGUGGGCUCAGCACCCAGCAGGCGGGAGUUGUGGGCACAUUUGGGUCCCAAGGGCCUGCUCCCUGGAGAGAGCAAGGUCCUAGGAGGGCCCGAGCAGGGAACCAGCAUUCUCUCCGGGGACCCAUCUCUGGAGUGUGUGCAGGUCUCUGGGGAAGGAGGGACACAAGGCUGCCAUGAAAGUUUGUUCUCCUCUUUGGGGUCUGCAGCCUCUGAAACAACAGACACUUCCAGCAAAAAUAAGGUCCCAAACCAUUGGCCUGGCUUCCAGGACCCCACACCUCCUGGGAAUCAGGAGUGUUUCCAAGAUCCCUGGAGGCCAGGUCCUGGCGGAAGCACCCUCAAUGUAGAGCCCACCCUGGCAGGCUGUGUGGCCCAGGUUGCAGGCCUGCACAUCCACCCAGACUACGAGCCCUCUACUACACAGUCCCCAAGGCAGGACAUAAACAGUGGGCUCUGUAGGCAGCCUCAGGCCAGGGGCCCUGAUAUUCUCCAACAAAAAGAACCUAACAGCUUCCCUAGCGUGCCAGUUGUGUGUGGCCUGCCCUCCCUGGCUAGUCCACCCCACGGCCCACAGGACAAGAGGUACCCGGGCCACAUCCUGGACCUUAGCCGGCUCAAGGUGGAGCCCACCAGGAUGGAUGCCCAGGCUCAUCAUGCCUCUGUGGAUGACCAGCCCCUGCAGCUCAGUUCAAGGGCUGUGGAGCAGGCAGCACAUAAGGGCCAACUGGACUCGUAGCCCCUCUUGGCCCUACUACCCAGCUGAGCCCCUGGGGCCAACUGCCAGAAAUCCUGGACCUCACUUCCAUCAUCCAGUACAAGCUAGCCCCCUCUGCAAGUGUCCCAGAAAGUUGCUACAGUUUCCUGGCCCAUGAGGGCCUCCUCUGCAACAAGCUGGAAGUAGGGGCCCCCAGACCAGCCACGGCUGAGCCUCACCUGUAGCAUGGGUCCUCACUCACCAGACACUGUGUCUUUGUGGCCACAUUCAAGAGAACCUAACACCCAAAUCUCCAUCCUUUGUCCCUGAUAUAACGACUGCUGGGGUGGGGGUAGCAGGACACAGGCAAGUGGAGCAGAACAUUUUAGUGUGGAGGCAUCCAUUCCUGAACCAGCUCAGCUAGACCAGCUACUGGGCAGCCUAAGGCCAAGGAUAGCUGCGCAGCUGCCAUUGCUCUCAAAGUGUGCCUCACUGAUUUCCCCACAAAGAAAUGAAGACUGGAAUCGCAGUUGGUUGUGAAGUGGCCACAACUGGCUUCUCCUCACACAGCAUGUUAGAGGGAGGAGCUCAGGCUUAAAACUGAUGGGAAGAUAACAGUACAUCUUAUAAAUGGGAAAUAGAGGGUGCCAAGAAGUCUGCAUAGUGGCUGAGAAAAAUAAAUGUGUGGUUUAAGGCUUAGGGGUGGGAUGCAGAGUGAGAGAGAGGCAGGGUAGGGUGCUGUGGAUGAGCUCAGGAAUGUCCACUCGCCCCACACCAGUCUGCUCUCUACCCCCAAGACUAGUAGUCACAGUGUACUGGGGCCCUGAAGGACUUCUCAUGAGAAUGAGAAGGAGGACCAGCCUCAUCUCGUUAAGAGCCUCGAAUCAGCAGACAACAUAUGUUACUGUGCAAACCUGCUAGGGCUAGACCCUGCAGAUCCUAGUCAAUGGGUGUUGGCAAAUUCUUUAUUAUAAAUCAGACCAGUAAUUUUCCACAACUUCUCUAAAUGAAGCCAAGGAUGGCAAAAUGUUCUUAGGGAAGAAGCUGAUUGAUUGUCCACUGCCAUUCUCUCCCCUCCACAUUGUCAACAUCUUUGCCUCCCCUUUCAGGAAAACUUACCUCAAAAUGGAGCUGUAACUCUCAUCUUGCUGAAAGCCACAGCAACAUGCACAGUACCAAAUGUUCAAAAUCAUGGAGGGAAAAGGUGGCCCGCAUCCUCAGGAAGGGCAAGUGUCAGGACAUCAGGUACAGU